AUGCGAUUUUUGCAAUUCUCCAUAUUCGCCAAUCAGGCAAAGGUAGCAUCAAGCAGUCGUUUACCUUUACAAUGUUCUGUCAGGAACUUUUCAACGUCGCCAUAUUCCCGAAAUGUCAGCCCAGUACCUGAAGGCGGAAAGGAAGACUCUUUGCAGAACGAAGAUGUACCCAAAUUACUGCGAUUACCAAGAGCUGCUCUGGAUCCUUCUAUAUAUUUCUCAAAAGUGAGUGGUCCCCGCAACUAUCAGGGCAAAUCCUUUCGCAUAGUUUUACGUCCAAUCGAUGCAAAAGUUACGAAGAGAAUCAAUGAUGGACCGAAAUAUUUAAGCGGAAGUUAUCCGAUGGGUUUAUUGAAACAAAAGCACGAAAAGAGAAGAUUUUUGGAUCCGGGUAUAAAACCUUUUUCUGGUUGGAGAGAUUUUUUGGGUGAGGCCCAAAACCCAUAUUUUGAAUCUCAAGAUAAAGGCUAUCACUUCUCCUACAAACAAUCUGCAUUGAUCAAACGACCUCUUUUGGUCAAAAGACAGUUGGUCAACGCAUCCAUCGCAUUCACUCCUUUGCAUACCUAUAUACCUGUCCUGGUCGUAACGGGAAAAAAGACAAUCGACAAUCGAGCAGUUGUACGUAAUAAAGCAAAGACCAAGAUUUUGCACGCAUUUCAAGAAGGUUUAAAACUACAUCAAAAUGGAUCAAACAAAAUUGCAUUAAAAUGGCCACUUACUGAUGAAGGUGGCGAUCCGCUUGGAUUGGUAUUUUACCCAUCAAAAGAAACAAUUCAAGAACCAAUGCAAGAUUUAGUAAAAUCUUGUUCGAAAGUUUUAGCAGCCAUCUCCGUGCAAUACAAACAAAAUCCAACUUUCUCGAAAGACCCCUCACACCACUCCAACAAUAUGAAGCUUUUAAAUGCGCAUAGAAAAAGUCUUGAAAGGUUUAUUAAAGGGAACAAGCGAGAUCCAGGUACCUCGAGCGGGAAAGGCCACCAUUCUGAGGGAAGUACAAUCCCAAACUUGGCUGCUAAGUCAGCAAGCGAAGCAUAA